AUGAAUUUUUCUCAUGAUAAAUCACAAUCAUAUUCAUUAAUCUCUAUUGAUCACAAUUCGAAGUUUUCAGUUGAUGAUAUUGAAUCUGUACUUCAGCCUUUAUUUGGCAGUUAUUAUGGUACUGAACAACUGCGCACCAUAAUUUCUAGUGCGGAUCAUAUAUGGUGUGCUAAUGAUAGAGAAAAAAAUAAGUGUGUUGGUUGUGCACUUGUGCAAAGCAAUCAUACGGAUAGAGUGCUUUAUAUGAAUCUAUUUGGUGUUACAAAAUCUCGUCAAGGUCAAGGUAUUGGCACUCGUUUAUUGAACACGAUUAAAAAAUGGGGACGAAAACAAAAUUAUUUAGCCAUUAUCCUACAUACACAAGUAGAUAAUUAUAAAGCAAUUGGAUUAUAUGAAAAAGCUGGAUUUAGAAAACAAUAUUAUGCAAAAGACUUUUUUCCUCCACGUCGAUUCGUUUCAUUUUUCCAAUAUCAUGAACCGGAUGCAUAUCAAAUGAUUUUAUAUUUGUAA